CCCUCCCGUGGUGGGCCUUCUGAACUGAAACAGAGCAGGAGACCGAGAACCACAUUGAGCAUCAGUAGUUCAGCUCAGAGCCAGAAGGAUUCUCCAGACUUUUGGAAAAUUAUCAGUAACUAACCUCUUGAGAAGCUAACUGCUGCCCAGCCAUGAGGGUUUUCAACCUGCUCUACCUGCUCCUGCUGCUCGUAACCAUUGUAGCAUCAGUCUCAUCCGCACCAGUCUCCUCCGGCAGACCAGAAUUACUCUACCUAAGGAGAAAAUACCACAGACACCACUACUGCCCCCACAGACGCUGCCUGCCUCUCCACUCCAGAGUACCCUUCCCCUAAGGUUGAAGAACAAGAAUGAGGGUGACCUAAGGACAGUAAUACGAAUAUGAAGCAACUGCAGUGUGUGGCCCAAACACCAUGGAUGGGUCCCAGUACAAAGACAUAGAUUGUGAAGUGAAGCAGACACCACGCCAAUUCCCUCCAAAGACACAGAAAGAAACUGUUUUGAUUCCCAACAAAAUAUAAACCAAGAAAUGUUUUGGCAUCCUGGUGGACACAGAUCUGGGUUUGUCCAGGUACAAGCUUCUUCUCUCUUCGUCUUGAAAAGCCAAUGCUUUUGUACUGAACAUGAUCAACGGAAAAGGAGCUACAACAACAUAAAGUAUAUUCAACACUCGACUUUAAAGCUACGGACCAAAGAGCUGGAAACAUCUUAGUGAAUGCAGCUACGAUGAACAGCAUCCCCAGUAUUCCUACAAAGUGUUUAAUAUGCAUGUAUGCACUUGAAAUUUUUAUUGAAUUACAUUUUAAACUUUUUAAUAAAAAUGUAUUAAUGUAG